AUGUGUAUCGUCGCUUGCCCGUGCCAGCAGUUUGUUCGUUUCGAUGACGUAUUAUAUUGGCGGUUAUUCGAUGACGUUUUUGUCGAUGAUGUAUUAUAUUGGUGGAAGAAUAAUAAACAUACCUAUACAACAGUAGCGAAAUUAGCACAAAUAAUUCUAGGAAUACCUGCUACAUCAUCUCCAGCUGAAGAAAUAUUUUCUACAACUGGUCUUAUACUAUCUGCUANUACAACAGUAGCGAAAUUAGCACAAAUAAUUCUAGGAAUACCUGCUACAUCAUCUCCAGCUGAAGAAAUAUUUUCUACAACUGGUCUUAUACUAUCUGCUAGUGAAUAUCAUCGGCCCGAUCCGUGGUAA